AACAAAAGUUGUUGUUUGGUUGGAAAAUCGUGCAAUGGGAUGAAAAAGAAAGCUAUCUCAAGCUAUCCUUAUAAUUGAUUUAUAAAAUUGGUAAUGCCUCGAUAACUUUGACAGUGUGAGUUGCGGUGAAAGCUUUUGGUUGGGUCAAUACAGGUCUACCACCGCUUAACGUAGGAUUACAAUGAGUAGCACUAGAGGUAGGGUCAUCCCAGCACAAAUGAAGAAGUUGUUGGAUUUAUUGAGUGAAGAUGGAGUGCUUCUACACGGGAAAGUCAUGUAUACGUACACUACCAAACAGUGCUUCUGGAAACGUAUCGCCACUCAGCUGAAUUCCGUUGAUGGUGGCGUUUAUAAGAAUACUUGGAAAUGGUGCAAGAUGUGGACAGACUGGAAAACUAAAACUAAGAAAAAAGCAAACAUACUUCUGAAACGUAAACAGUAUGAUUGUGAACAGCCAGUUUCAGCUUUAACUAAUCUUGAAUUAAGAUUAUUGAAACUAAUAGAAUACCCUGUAGAUGACCUGCCAGAGCAUCAGCAGUUUGGAGUGACAGUGAGUAAAGAAUACUUAUCAGACAAUGCGGACCCAGAAGUUGAAUGCAUGAUUUUCAAUGAAGAAGAAAACGGUGACCAGGAUCUGGAAGAUGAAAGUAGUCAACAGGGCCACACAAAUAGAAAUGAAACCCAAUUUUACAGCGUUAAUAUGCCUAAUGUUGCAGAUAACUCAAAGGAAAAGUUUGAAGAUUCUUCAGGAUCAGACACAAAUAGUAAAAGUGAGAGAUUCUUUACAAGAAGAAUAAGAUUACAGGACCUAAAGAAAGUGAUGCCUAAAGAUAAAGUACAAAAAAGUGAGGAACUCCGUUUAAAAGCCUUAGAGUUGAAGCUGAAAGGAGAAGAACUGAGACUGAAAGAGAUGGAAAUGAACAAAAUUAAUUAUUUGACGAAUAUUGAAGAGGAAAAGUUGAAAUGUUUCAGAGAUAUAUCAACAUCAUUGAAGGAAUUGGUAGAACAUGCAAGAAAUGGGAAUAUUCGGUUUAAUAAUGCUGUUUAGUUGAGAAUACAUUGUAUUAUUUUUAUUAUGGACGCAGGCCGCUACCAACCGGGUAACAUGGAAAGCAUUGGGGGAGGCCUAUGUUCAGCAGUGGAUGUCCUAUGGCUGAGAUGAUGAUGAUUUUUUAUUAUCAAGCUUUAUGUUCCUGUGGCAAAGGAAAAUUGUGAGUUUAAGCACAAGACUGUGGUAUUGUUACAAGAUUUUUAUUGUUAAGUUAAAUACUAUGGAAUUUGUAGAUAUUAUAUGCAAUCAGAAAGACAAAUAAAUAAUAUUCCAUUUAUUUUA